AUGAUGAUGAAAAGGAAGAGGAAAUUUAAGGAACAACAAACGGUGCAAAACCGUCCAAGAACCAGAUCUAGAAAAGAAGUCGAAGUUAACACUAUUGAAAGUGUAAAGAAUGUAGUUGCUGAUGACGAGGCUGAGAUUGAGAAGGAAGAUAAAAAAUUCAAUGACGUGGAUGAGAGUGACAAUGAAAGAGAGGAAUUUGAUAGAGGCGCCGAUCACAAGGAUGAUGGUGGAAAGGAAGGAGAUAAAGUGGAUGUAGGUGAACAGGACAAGGCUGAUGGUGAGAAAGUUAGAAAUGAAUUGAAUGUAGAUGAAGAGGACAAGGCUGAUGGUGAGAAAGUUGGAAAUGAAUUGAAUGUAGGUGAAGAGGACAAGGCUGAUGGUGAGAAAGAUGGAAAUGAAUUGAACGUAGGCGAAGAGGACAAGGUUGAUGGUGAGAAAGAUGGAAAUGAAUUGAAUGUAGGUGAAGAGGACAAGGCUGAUGGUGAGAAAGAUGGAGAUGAAGUGGAUUUAGUUGAAGAUAACAAGGCUUAUGGUGAAAGGGAUGGAGAUGGUGUGGUUGCAGUUGAAGAGGAAAAGGUUAAUGGUGAAAGAGAUGGAGAUGGAGUGGUUGCAGUUGAAGAGGAAAAGGCUGAUAGUGAGAACGAAGAAUAA